GGCACCCCUUUUUUUGUCCUCCAUUUCUCUCUAGCAGAAAAAACAAGAACCUGCCUUCACUUCACACAAAGUUCCAAACUUUCUUGAUCUUUUACCUCAAAUCUUGAAAUGGGUAUCCAGUUUUUCAUGUUCUCUUUCAUUCUAACCUCACUUCUCUUCAUUCUUAUCUACAUACCCACCCAAUUUUCCCAGUCACCCAUCACCAUUUUCAAGCCAAAAAAAAGCUUCAUAAUCUCAAAUACCACAACUAACCCUUACCCUGUAAAAUUUGCUUACUUGAUCUCUGCUUCUAAAGGAGAUGUACCAAAGCUAAAAAGAUUGCUUUUUUCACUUUACCAUCCUGGUAAUUUUUACUUGAUUCACUUAGAUUUAGAUGCACCAGAAAAUGAGCACCAAGAAAUUUCAAGAUUUGUGAGUGGAAAUUCUGUUUUUGGAGAAAUUAAUAAUGUUUGGGUUGUGGGAAAGCCAAAUUUAGUGACAUAUAGAGGACCAACAAUGCUAGCUACUACACUGCAUGCACUGUCUAUGCUUUUGAAGAUUGCUAAAUGGGAUUGGUUUAUUAAUCUAAGUGCCUCUGAUUAUCCUCUAGUUACUCAAGAUGAUCUGAUUCAUGCCUUCUCUGACUUACCAAGGGAUCUAAAUUUUGUACAACACACAAGCCACAUGGGUUGGAAACUGAAUAAGAGAGGAAAGCCAAUUAUAAUAGAUCCUGGUCUUCAUACUCUAAACAAAUCAGAGAUUUGGUGGGUUAUCAAGCAAAGAAGUCUUCCAACUGCUUUCAAGCUUUAUACAGGUUCAGCUUGGACAAUAUUGUCCAGAUCCUUUGCUGAAUACUGCAUAAUAGGCUGGGAAAAUCUUCCAAGAACUCUACUUCUCUACUACACAAAUUUUGUGUCCUCUCCAGAGGGUUAUUUCCAAACAGUCAUAUGUAACUCUGAGGAAUACAAGAACACCACAGUAAACCAUGAUCUUCAUUACAUUACAUGGGACAUUCCCCCGAAACAACACCCGAGAUCCCUCGGCCCAAAGGAUUACAGAAGAAUGGUCUUAAGCAACAGGCCAUUCGCCCGAAAGUUCAAGAACAACAACCCUGUCCUUAAUAAAAUUGAUCGCGAUCUUCUCAGAAAACGAAAUGGACAAUACUUCUCAGCCGGAGGAUGGUGUUCCAAUGACGAUGAUCGAAGUUGUUUGAAUCUACAGGGAGAGAAAUAUGGCGUUUUAAAGCCUGGAACAGGUGCGAGAAGGUUGAGAACUUUAUUGAAGAAAUUGGUAUCUGCACCACAUUUUGCUAAGAGGCAGUGUAGAUAAGUUGGAAAUGAAACUUACUUUUUGUUGGAAAUAUAUAAAUUUAAAUUGUGGAAGAGGAUGUAAUCAUCUCAAGUCAAUUCUUGAUAAUUGUCACAGUUCAUUAGUUUGUAUGAGAAAAAAAAUAUAUAACUCAGGAAUAUUACAUCAGAUGUGUACAUCCUACCCUCCCUAGACCCCACUUGUGGGAUUAA